AUGGCCCAUCCCUCUACAUUCCCGGCUGAGCAAUGGAUGUCUCGUUGGUGUGGAGUAGCCGGCCUACUCAAUCUCGCCGACACUUAUGCUUGCCCAAUCUCCAUCGACGAACUGAAUGGCUUAUUAACAGAAAAGGACGAUGGGCCGCUCAUAACCAGUUCCAAACUUAGCUAUGGGAGCACCAACGGUUCUUCCGAGCUGAGGCAGAGCGUGGCUGAGCUAUGCAGUGGACAGGAGACGCAGCUCACGGAAGACGACGUGGUCAUCACGCAAGGGGGCAUCUCGGCCAAUUUUCUGGUGCUGUACGCGCUCCUCGGCCCAACCGACCACGCUAUCUGCGUCUAUCCGGUCUAUACGCAGCUCUAUUCCGUGCCUGAGACGUUUGGCGCGCAGGUCUCGUUCUGGCGGCUCAAGGAGGAAAAUGGAUUCAUUCCCGAUGUGCAAGACUUGCACAGUCUGUUCCGGCGCAACACAAAGAUGAUCAUCCUCAACAACCCCAACAACCCGACCGGCACCGUGAUACCGGAGCGCGUGCUGCGAGACAUUGUCGAGAUCGCCAAGGCGCGGGGCGUCAUCGUCUUCAGCGACGAGGUGUACCGACCGCUCUUCCACGAGCCCGACAGCGCGCCGCCGCCCAUCACAUCGUUUGGCUACAAGCGGACGCUCGCGACCGGGUCCAUGUCCAAGUCACUGUCGCUGCCCGGCAUCCGCAUCGGGUGGGUAACCUCGCCGGACCGAGCGCUGAUCGCGGCAUGCUCGCGCCGGCGCGACUUCACGACCAUCUGCGUGUCGCAGGUGGACGACCAGAUUGCGACCUACGCGCUGUCAGCGGCGGUGCGUCCGGCGCUGCUGCGACGCAACAUUGAUCAGGCGCGGCACAACCGGCGGUUGGUGGAGGCCUUUGUGGCCCGGCACGCCGACCGCUGCCGGUGGGUGCGACCGAGCGGCGGCACCAUGGCCUUUAUCCAGUUCCGCGGCGCGGUGGGCGGGGCGCCGGUCGACGACGAGGCCUUUUGCACCGACCUCGUUGACAAGUACAAGGUGCUUCUGAUUCCCGGCUCGCACAGCUUCGGCUGGGGCGAGGAUUUCGCGGGCUACGUGAGGCUGGCGUACGUUUGCGACACGGCGGUCGUGGAGGCGGCGCUCAGCCGGUUGAGCCAGUAUCUAGAGGAGCAUCCGUGA